GGGGCCCCACGGGGCAGAGAAAACGUGGGUGGGCUCCGGGCGAAGAUGAAUGGAUCUGCCGGGCGUGUGUUUAGGGGGCAGAUGCGUUUUGUGCCUUCACGGGGAGUCCCGGCGUGAGCAGACAGUGCCUACGCUCAGGGAGCAGCGGCCACUAAGACAGCAAUUGGAAGGUUCUAGAACAUGCUCUAGAGGGCAGGGCUCAGGGCACAGUGGAGGGAAGUUGGGUCUCCCCCAGGAAGUGACAUCCCACCUGGGACCUGAAGUCCUGCAAGGGUCCGCAAGGGGAAAGGUGGAGAGGGAAGAAGGGGAAUGUUCCGGGCAGUGGGCGGUGGGAUCUGAUGAUCGUCUGCCCCCUGAGGGCAGGACCUUUUGUCUGAUUUAUUCCCUGCUGACUCCCAGUGCCUGGAACAGUGUCUGGCACAUAGCAGGUGCCCAGCAGAAACCUGAGGACUGAAUGGACAUGUGGAGGCCAAGCUGAGACAGCCUGAAACAAUUCAUAAUUAGCAAAGUAAUUUAUAACAGCCAACAUUUACCCAGUGAUUACUACUGUGCGCCGAACAGAGUGGAGCUGGACGCCCUCAAUUCUAUUCUCACCCACCCUGUGACGGGCGUGUGGGGUGCCAGCUUCAGCAAAUAAAAAUACAGGAUGCCAGGAAAUCUGAAUUCCAGAAAACCGAGCAAUGAGUUUAUUUUUUCAGUGUGUGUCUCAUGCACUAUUUGAGACGUACUAAAAAAAACCUUCAGACUGUGCGUUCUGUGUUUUGCCUGGCGACCCACGUGAGGCGUUCCCCCGGCUUCUGUAGAUGACCAAACUGCCCACGCUCACCUGCUGUGCACGGCCACACUGGGUUUGGCAUUGGGUCCCCGCUCUCCUGGAGGAUCAAAGAUCCCGCCAACAGGCGCUACGAGGUGCCCUUGGAGACCCCGCGUGUCCGCAGCCGGGCCUCAUCCACACUUUACAGCGUGGACCUCCAGGAGGAGCCCUUCGGGGUGGUCGUGCGCCGGAAGCUGGACGGCCGGGUGCUUUUCUGCAGCUGUCCACCUCUCUGCCGUCCCAGCACAUCACGGGCCUGGCCGAGCAUCUCGGCUCCCUGGUGCUUAGCACCAACUGGACCAAGAUCACCCUGUGGAACCGGGACAUCGCCCCCGAGCCCAACGUGAACCUGUACGGGUCCCACCCCUUCUACCUGGUGCUGGAGGACGGCGGCCUGGCUCACGGGGUCUUCCUGCUGAACAGCAAUGCCAUGGAUGUGAUCCUGCAGCCGAGCCCAGCCCUCAGCUGGCGGUCCACGGGUGGGAUCCUGGACAUGUACAUCUUCCUGGGCCCUGAGCCCAAGAGCGUGGUGCGGCAGUACCUGGAAGUCGUGGGCUCCCCGUUCAUGCCGCCCUACUGGGGCCUGGGGCUCCACCUCUGCCGCUGGGGCUACACCUCCACAGCGGUCACCCGCCAGGUGGUGGAGAACAUGACCAGGGCCAACUUCCCCCUGGACACUCAGUGGAAUGACCUGGAUUACAUGGACGCGAGGAGAGACUUCACUUUCGACAAGGACGGCUUCGGGGACUUACCAGCCAUGGUGCAGGAGCUCCACCGGAGCGGCCGGCACUACGUGAUGAUCGUCGACCCCGCCAUCAGCAGCUCCAGCCCUCCUGACAGCUACCGACCUUAUGACGAGGGUCUGCGGAGGAAGGUUUUCGUCACCAAUGACACUGGGCAGCCACUGAUCGGGAAGGUGUGGCCCGGAUUUACCGCCUUCCCCGACUUCACCAGCCCCGAGGCCCUUGACUGGUGGCAGGACAUGGUGGUUGAGUUCCACGCCCAGGUGCCUUUCGACGGCAUGUGGAUCGACAUGAACGAGCCAUCCAACUUCGUCAAGGGCUCUGUGGACGGCUGCCCCGACAGUGACCUGGAGAACCCGCCCUACGUGCCAGGGGUGGUUGGCGGGACCCUGCGGGCAGCCACCAUCUGUGCCUCCAGCCACCAGUUCCUCUCCACGCACUACAACCUGCACAACCUGUACGGCCUGACAGAAGCCCUUGCCUCCCACAGGGCCCUGGUCAAGGCUCGGGGGACGCGCCCCUUCGUGAUCUCCCGCUCGACCUUCGCGGGCCACGGCCGAUACGCCGGCCACUGGACAGGGGACGUGUGGAGCAGCUGGGAGCAUCUGUCGUACUCUGUGCCAGAAAUCCUGCUCUUCAACCUGCUGGGGGUGCCGCUGGUCGGGGCCGAUGUGUGCGGCUUCCUGGGCAACACGUCGGAGGAGCUGUGUGUCCGCUGGACCCAGCUGGGGGCCUUCUACCCGUUCAUGCGGAACCACAACGACCUCCACAGCCUGCCUCAGGAGCCGUACAGGUUCAGCGAGACGGCGCAGCGAGCCAUGAGGAAGGCCCUCGCCCUGCGCUACAGGCUGCUGCCCCACCUGUACACGCUGUUCCACCGGGCCCACGUGGGGGGCGAGACCGUGGCCCGGCCCCUCUUCCUGGAGUUCCCCGAGGACCCCCGCACCUGGGCCGUGGACCGCCAGCUCCUGUGGGGAGCAGCUCUGCUCAUCACCCCGGUGCUCGAGGCCGGGAAGGUUGAAGUGACCGGUUACUUCCCCGCUGGCACAUGGUACGACUUGCAGACGGUGCCAGCAGAGGCCCUCGGCAGCCUCCCGCCUCCGCCUCCCGCACCCGUCACGCCUGCCAUCCACAGCAGGGGACAGUGGGUGACACUGCCAGCCCCACUGGACACCAUCAACCUCCACCUCCGGGCCGGGCACAUCAUCCCCCUGCAGGGCCUUGGCCUCACAACCACGGAGUCCCGAAAGCAGCCCAUGGCCCUGGUCGCAGCCCUGACCACGAACGGGGAGGCCCGAGGAGAGCUGUUCUGGGACGACGGGGAGAGCCUGGAGACGCUCGAGCGUGGGGCCUACACACAGGUCGUCUUCCUUGCCAAGAAUAACACCGUUGUGAACGAGCUGGUGCACGUGACCAGCGAGGGGGCCGGCCUGCAACUGAGGAAGGCCACCGUCCUGGGGGUGGCCGUGGCCCCCAAGCAGGUCCUCUCCAAUGGCGUUCCUGUCUCCAACUUCACCUACAGCCCUGACACGAAGACCCUGGACAUCCCUGUCUCACUGACGAUGGGAGAACAGUUUGUCAUCAGCUGGUCUUAACCAGGGGCCGGUGGUGCGUUGAUCCUUUACAGGAAAAGACGGGACUUCGCAGCGACCCCAGCACCCGUGCUCUUAGUCAAGAUGUGGGGGGCGGGGCUCAGGGUCGGAAGCAGUUGGCCCACGUCUCACGGCGGACGUCCCUCCAAUGCCCAGAUCUGCCUGUGUCUACCUCCCGGGCCCCAGGGCUCUGGGCCAGCAGCAUGCCUGUUUGCCUUGUGUUUGCAAUGCUCUCCUGGAAGGUUUACCUCCCCACAGCCUGUCACCGGAACGUGUAUGACGUCAUCCGCCGCCUGCCCAGGACGGCAGAAGUGUGCUCGGGGUGAGGACGCUGUCCCUGCACCCCGAGGUCACGCCAGAUGAAAGGACAGAGCUGCGUGGCCACUGUGGACUGCCGUCUGGGCAACCGCGCCCCGGCAGCCAGUGAGGCUGCCUGCUGGCAGGAGGGCGGCCACGGGGGCCUCCAAAAGAUUCGCAGGACCCAGGGAAACCCUCGCUCCAAAGUGCAAUUGUGUUUAAUAAAAGGGGCAUUGCAAUCAA